AUGUCGGAAUACGAUAUAUCAGUGCAGGCGCUGAAUGAGUUGCUGACGAACGAUGACGGUUUCUACAGCUUGCCCUCACAACAUUUUAACGAGGUUUACCGGCGAAUCUAUGUGGGCGACGCAUUUAUUGCCCAGAACAAAAUGAGGUUGCAGCGUCUUGGGAUAACACACAUUCUUAAUGCUGCGGAAGGGAGCUCUUUAAUGCAUGUGGACACAAAUAAUGCUUUCUACAGCGGAACAAACAUUCGCUAUCAUGGUAUUAAGGCCGAUGACAGACCAAAUUAUGACCUCAGUUCUCAUUUUGAAGAUGCCUCAGAUUAUAUUGACAAAGCAUUAUCACAGAAGAAUGGGCAAACUAUAUCUGAUCCUCUCAGCAGGGAUCAGAGCGAGAUUUCCUCCAGACACGCUCAGCAGUGCGGGAGCAUUUUUGUGAAUAGUGUGAGUGCCUUGAGUGCCAGGGCUGAAGCUGACGACGUGGAGCGAGAAGAAGAAGAAAAUUCCAACAACGCCUCCAUGUGUCUCACCUGGCCUAGGAGUGUGGCUAAAGUGGAGGCCGCCAUAUGUGAGAGCAGCAAUGGAAGCAGUGUCAGAGAAGGAAAGCCAGGUUUCAGUAAUAGCUAG